AACCGAACCGAACCGAACCGAAUAAAAUUUAAAUGUUCUUCCUUUUUUAAGUUCAAGGCUGCCUACUCAUAAUUUCCCCUCUUCUUGGCGUAUAUAAGAAAAAAUCUUAAUGAAUUUCUCUUCUGCCGCCAUCUCUAUCCAAUAUCCAUUCUGUAAUUCCCUUAUUCAUCUCUCUCUCUCUCUCCCCUUCCGAAUUAAAUUACCAAAUGUCACCUCUUUCUUCCCUUUUCAUUUGAAGAAAAACCAGUCUCGUAAAAAAGGGCACAUAUGUUUCCUCAGAAAAUUUUCUGGGUUUCUUCAUUUUCAUGUCUGAUCCUGAAACCAGAGCAUAAAGCUUGAGCCUUUGAGAGCCUUUCCCCCGCAUUUUUCACCUCCAUCUGAUUUUCUCGGGAAAAUAUGAAGUGGGUUUUCCUGGAAAUCAAAGGCAACCAGAAUUUCAUCUCUCCUUCGCCGCCACUGCCUCUGCCUCUACCGCCCAUUAGACCCAACACAGGCUUUGAUCUGAAUACUAAGAUCAGCCCCAGCAUUCUCACGGUAAUCAUCAUCCUAUCGGCCAUCUUCUUCAUCUCUGGUUUGCUUCAUCUUCUGUUUAGAUUCCUUCUAUCACCUUCGAACAGAGACAGAAACGAUUACUACUUCGACAAUGUCACGGCACUUCAAGGCCAGUUACAGCAGCUGUUUCACUUGCAUGACUCUGGGGUAGAUCAAUCGUUCAUCGACACUUUGCCUGUGUUUCAUUACAAAUCCAUCAUCGGUCUGAAGAAUUACCCAUUCGACUGUGCUGUCUGUCUCUGUGAGUUCGAGCCAGAGGACACGCUAAGGCUUUUGCCCAAGUGCAGCCACGCUUUUCACGUGGACUGUAUCGACACUUGGCUUCUGUCUCACUCGACUUGUCCCUUGUGCAGAUCCAGUCUGCUCCCUGAUUUCUCAUCACGACACACCUCAAGUUCUCCAUAUCUUCUUAUUCUCGAGUCUGGUAGUGAUCAUAGCUCAAGAGAGAUUGUCACAGACAGAGACGGUGCUGAUUCCCACUCACGGUCCAAUCCCCAUCUGGGUUUUGACGAAAGCCGCGAUCUUGGAUCGACCCAUCUGGAAUCGGGCCGUAAAUCUUUCGGGAUUCCUCGAAAAUCUGGUGUCGCUCAACUCUCAGACGGUGAAACGGCUGAUCCAGGUGAAAAGGUUGUCCCUUUUGAAGUUAAGCUAGGGAAGUUCAGGAACGUAGAUGUUCAACUUGGCGAAGGUAGUAGUAACAGCAUUAGUAACAGCAGCAACGUGGAUGAAAGGAGAUGUUUCUCGAUGGGAUCAUAUGAGUACAUAAUGGAUCAAGAAUCCGUUCUUAAAGUUCACGUGUCGGCCAAGAAACCAUCAAGCAAGAAUCAUAGCUUGCCUGGUCACAGGGCCGCCAUGUCUGAAUGCGGCUCCGACACGACAUGGAUGUUCAAAUUCAGUGGAAGGACUGAAUCGACGAGAGUUGCAGAAGAAGCAGUGAUUGCGAAGGAUGCCAUGAAAAGAGAGAGCUUAUCGAUAUCGAAAAUUUGGAUAAGGGGAAAGAAAGAGAAGGAGAAGGUUCCAAGAGGGGAUUGUUCUCUGGAAUCUCCAUCAGGAAGAGGAAGGAAUUGCGAUGAGGAGAAUCAGAAGAGCGAGAAUUCGGAAUCUUUGGAGACGAAAACGCCAUCUUUUGCAAGGAGGACUAUGCUUUGGCUUGCGGGGAGACAAAACAACAAGGUUGUUCAUUCUUCCUCCGCUUCUCAUGUCUAGUUUCUUUUCAAUUUUCGUUUUCUUAAUCAAUUAUUUUUCGAUUAUAUAUUUAGAAAAUAUGUUUCUUUUGUCUGCCUUCAUUACAAAAGCAGAUUGAAUGGCUGUAGAAACUUGGGAUUGAGACUA